AUGUCUGGACGUGGUAAAGGUGGUAAAGUUAAGGGAAAGGCGAAGUCUCGUUCUAACCGUGCAGGUCUACAGUUCCCCGUCGGUCGUAUACACAGAUUGCUGAGGAAAGGAAACUACGCGGAGCGCGUCGGUGCCGGUGCUCCCGUUUAUCUCGCUGCCGUUAUGGAAUAUCUUGCUGCUGAAGUACUCGAAUUGGCCGGUAACGCUGCCAGAGACAACAAGAAGACCAGAAUCAUACCUAGACAUCUUCAGCUGGCCAUAAGGAACGACGAAGAGUUGAACAAGCUUCUAUCCGGUGUGACCAUAGCUCAGGGUGGUUGUACUACCAAACAUCCAGGCCGUAUUAUUGCCCAAGAAGACGGAGAAGAAGGCCUAAAGGAUUAUCAUUGA